GUAUUUUUCCAAUUAUCAUUGUUAUUAUCAUUUAUAUUUAUCAUUACCCGUUUUCUUUGAUUAGCCAGAAUGAAAGCAGAGAUACUGACUUCAACACGAGGAAGGAAGUGAGGAGUGACGAGAGUCCCCUGUUCUGCCCGAUGCCAGCGCUUCGAACCGGCGCGCAGUUCCGGAAAGUGUUGACGACCAUCGAUAUACCUUGUGAUAAUGUGACGACGUUCGGAGGGCCGCCCAGAGGCAAGAAAGGGUCAUCGAAAAACGUCUGUCUCGAUGCAAGGUUCGGCGUCAUUCCCGGCAGGUGCGUCGUCUUCUCCUUCGGCAUCAACCACGACUGGAGUUUCGAGGAUGAGAUGGCGGAGUUCGGGUGUAAGGUAUUCGCUUACGACCCGACAAUGGACGUCGAGAGCCACCAGCGAUCCCCGAACGUGCAGUUUUUCGCCACCGGGAUUUCCAACUACAACGGGACGAAAGUGAUAGGGAUGGGGAAGAACUGGAAGGAACGGAAGGUGGACCGCUUCGAGAACCUGGUGAAGGAGGCGGGGAUGGAGGGCCGGCCGAUCGACGUGGUGAAGUUGGACGUCGAGCUCUCUGAACUCGACUUCCUGCAGGACAUGCUCUUCAACUCUCGCCACGUCCUCAGGAACAUCAAACAGCUGGCCAUGGAGAUACAUUCUCAUUUCAAAAGUAAUAAUGUAGGAUCAACAGCUACUUCCCAGGUGUUCUGGCCGUACCUGAACCUCAUGAGAUGCGCCGGUUUUAAGCUAAUAAGCUCGGAAUCAGGGGGUUAUUGGAGAGAAGUUGUGUGGGCGCAGGAGAGAGUGUGGUAAUAAAGAGAUUUCAGUGUUUAAGGGCGUGCAUUUGUUUGAGAGUGGUGUGUAUGUGUGUGUGUGUGUGUGUGUGUGUGUGUGUGUGUGAGUUUUUGGUGUUUUGUGUGUGUGUGAUUUUGGUGUUUUGUGUGUGUGUGAUUUUGGUGUUUGUGUAAGAGUUUUUGUUUUUUUGUGUUUGUGAGUUUUUGGUGCUUUGUGUGUGUGAGUUUUGGUGUGUUAUGCGUCUGAGUUUGGAUGUUUGUGUGCGUAAAGUUUUGAUGUGUAUAUGUCUGAAUUUUGUUUAUGUGGAGAUCUAAUGAAUGUGUAAACAUCGCAUAAUAAUAUGUAAAUGAAUGGUAAUAUGCACUCUGCAGAAAAUGUGAUAAGUUCAAAAUUAAAAACGUUAUGAGACAAAGCAUCAAUAAUUCCCCUUUAAUAUGCCUUCGUUAGCAUACAAAUAGAUUUUAUGUUGA